AUGGCUGCAGCAUCAGCCGCCUCUGCCCUUCCCGGCAGUGAGCUCGCUCCUGGUCAGGCAAAGAUCAUCGAUGGCACCGCCCUGGCAAAGUCAGUCAGAGCUGGUGUCAAGGAGCGAGUCUCGCAGCUCAAGGCCGACAACCCAUCCUUCGACCCUCGCCUUGUCAUUGUCCAAGUCGGAGAGGACUCGGCAUCGUCCACCUACAUCCGCAUGAAGAGGCUCGCAGCUGAGGAGUGCGGUUUCAACUUUACCCACACUCACUUGCCCGCUGGCUGCACUGAGGUCGACAUCAUCAAGACGGUCACUGACCUCAAUGAAGACCCAACCGUAGACGGUAUCCUCGUCCAGCUGCCCCUCGGAGACCACAUCGACGCAGAGGCAGAGCGACGCGUCACCGAAGCAGUCAGCCCGGCAAAGGACGUCGACGGCUUCCACGCUCUCAACAUCGGCCACCUUUCGUCCAAGGCUUGCAACCCUCAAUUCGUUCCCUGCACUCCAGCCGGCGUCAUCAAGCUCCUUGAGCAGGCUGGUCUCGACGACCUUUCUGGCCUCCGCGCUACCGUACUCGGCCGAAGCGACAUCGUUGGUAACCCCGUCGUCUCCCUCUUGCGCUCCAAGAACUGCACAGUCACCCAGGUUCACUCGCGCACCAAGGACCUGCCCUCGCACCUCCAGGACGCAGACAUUGUCGUGGCUGCCAUCGGCAAGCCCCACUUCAUCAAGGGUGAAUGGCUCAAGAAGGGAUCGAUCGUCAUCGACGUCGGCACCAACUACAUCCCAGACUCGACCAAGAAGUCAGGCCAGCGUCUCGUAGGCGACGUUGACGCUGAGUCCGCUGCCAAGGUGGCCGCAGCCAUUACUCCUGUUCCGGGAGGCGUGGGUCCCAUGACCGUCGCUAUGCUCAUGGACAAUGUUCUCCGCGGCGCAGAGAAGACGCUCAAGGAACGCAAGGCCGGUCUCGCACGCGGCGUCACCUCGCCCAACCCUAUUCAGCCCCUUGAGAAGGUCCCAGCAGACAUCAUUGUCGCUCGCAGCCAGAAGCCCAAGCCCAUCUCGCUCAUUGGCAAGGAGAUUGGCCUCCUCCCCUCCGAACUCGAGCCUUAUGGAGACGUCAAGGCCAAGGUCUCCCUUGACGUCCUCAAGCGCCUCGCGCACCGCCGUGAUGGAAAGUACAUCGUCGUAGCUGGUAUCACCCCCACGCCUCUCGGUGAGGGCAAGUCUACGACGACCAUCGGUCUCGCACAAGCUCUUGGCGCUCACUUGGGCAAGCCAGCCUUCGCAUGUGUCCGUCAACCUUCGCAGGGCCCAACCUUUGGCAUCAAGGGUGGAGCGGCUGGCGGCGGAUACUCGCAAGUCAUUCCGAUGGAGGAGUUCAACCUCCAUCUCACGGGAGACAACCACGCUGUUCAAGCUGCCAACAACUUGCUUGCUGCGGGCCUUGACGCGCGCAUGUUCCACGAGUCGACGCAGAAGGACGGACCGCUCUUCGACAGGCUUGUGCCCAAGAAGGGGGGUAAGCGCACAUUUGCGCCCAUCAUGUUCCGUCGCCUCAAGAAGCUGGGCAUCGACAAGACGAACCCUGACGACCUGACGGACGACGAAAAGUCGCGCUUUGCGAGACUGGACAUUGACCCUGAGACUAUCACUUGGCACCGUGUUACCGACACCAACGACCGCUACUUGAGGGAGAUUACCGUUGGAGAGUCGCCCACUGAGAAGGGAAUCACCCGCAAGACGGCCUUCGACAUCGCCGUCGCCUCGGAGUGCAUGGCCGUCCUCGCCCUCGCCAAGGAUCUCAAGGACAUGCGCGAGCGCUUGGGCCGAAUGGUCGUCUGCUCUUCCCGCAAGGGCGACCCGAUCACCGCCGACGACCUGGGCUUCGGAGGCGCCCUCGCUGUGCUGAUGAAGGACGCCAUCAAGCCCAACUUGAUGCAAACCAUCGAGGGAACUCCCGUCUUUGUGCACGCUGGUCCGUUCGCCAACAUUGCGCACGGCAACUCGUCCAUCCUGGCUGACAGGGUAGCGCUCAAGCUUGCUGGUCUUGAGGAGGGAGAGAACGACUCCUCCUCUGGUUACGUGAUCACCGAGGCCGGCUUCGGCGCCGACAUCGGCAUGGAGAAGUUCGCCAACAUCAAGUGCCGCGAGUCCGGCCUGGUACCGGACGCUGUUGUGCUCGUCGCAACCGUCCGAGCUCUCAAGACUCACGGUGGCGGACCGGAGGUCUCCCCCGGCAAGCCGCUCGCCGAGGCCUACUCGCAGGAGAACCUGGAGCUCCUCGAGGCCGGCGCGCGCUCCAACUUGGUCAAGCACAUCAGCAAUGCGAAGAAGUACGGCCUCAAGGUCGUGGUUGCCAUCAACAAGUUCACCACCGACACCGACGCCGAGCUGGAGCUGGUGCGCAAGAUUGCUAUGGAGAACGGAGCGGACGAGGCCGUCCCCGCCAACCACUGGGCGCUCGGAGGCGCCGGGGCUACCGACUUGGCUCAGGCUGUCAUCCGCCAGCUGGAGGGACAGAAGUCCAACUUCAAGUUCCUGUACGACUUGCAGAUGCCCCUGGUGGAGAAGAUCGAGACCAUCGCAAAGGAGAUGUAUGGCGCCUCGGGCAUCCAGCUUGACGCGCUGGCCGAGAAGCAGCUGGCCGAGUACACGCGCCAGGGCUUUGGACACCUGCCCAUCUGCAUGGCUAAGACUCCCCUCUCGUUGAGCCACGACCCGGCUCUGAAGGGUGCCCCGACGGGAUUCACUGUGCCGAUUCGUGAGGCCAAGCUGAGCGCAGGAGCAGGGUUUAUCUACCCGCAGGUCGGAGCCAUCUCCACGAUGCCGGGCCUGUCGACCAGGCCGGGAGCCUUUGACAUUGAUCUGGAUGAGGAUGGAAAUGUCGUCGGUCUGGCUUGA